AUGGUCCUGGAGGUCCUGGCACGAUACACAGCGGUGAUCAGCCCCCAGGACCCCACGCUGCUCAUCGGCUCGUCCCUGCAGGCCACGUGCUCAGUGCACGGGGACCCCCCAGGGGCCACCGCAGAGGGCCUCUACUGGACCCUGAACGGGCGCCGCCUGCCCCGUGAGCUCUCCCGCGCUCUCAACGCCUCCACCUUGGCCCUUGUCCUGGCCAACCUCAACGGGUCCAGACAACAAUCAGGGGACAACCUCGUGUGCCACGCCCGGGACGGCAGCAUCCUGGCCGGCUCCUGCCUGUAUGUCGGCUUACCCCCGGAGAAACCUUUUAACAUCAGCUGCUGGUCCAAGAACAUGAAGGAUUUGACGUGUCGCUGGACGCCGGGGGCCCACGGGGAGACCUUUCUGCAUACCAAUUACUCCCUUAAGUAUAAGCUGAGGUGGUACGGGCAGGACAACACGUGCGAGGAGUACCACACGGUGGGACCCCAUUCGUGCCACAUUCCCAAGGACCUCGCUCUCUUUACGCCCUAUGAGAUUUGAGUGGAAGCCACCAACCGCCUAGGCUCGGCUCGUUCCGAUGUGCUGACCCUGGACAUCCUGGACGUGGUGACCACGGACCCCCCGCCCGACGUGCACGUGAGCCGCGUUGGGGGCCUGGAAGACCAGCUAAGCGUGCGCUGGGUCUCGCCACCCGCCCUCAAAGAUUUCCUCUUUCAAGCCAAGUAUCAGAUCCGCUACCGCGUGGAGGACAGCGUGGACUGGAAGGUAGUGGAUGACGUAAGCAACCAGACCUCUUGCCGCCUGGCCGGCCUGAAGCCUGGCACCGUGUACUUCGUGCAAGUGCGUUGCAACCCUUUCGGCAUCUAUGGCUCCAAGAAAGCGGGGAUCUGGAGUGAAUGGAGUCACCCCACGGCUGCCUCUACCCCCCGCAGCGAGCGCUCGGGCCCGGGCGGCGGGGCGUGCGAGCCGCGGGGUGGAGAGCCGAGCUCGGGGCCGGUGCGGCGCGAGCUCAAGCAGUUUCUGGGCUGGCUCAAGAAGCACGCGUACUGCUCGAACCUCAGUUUCCGCCUGUACGACCAGUGGCGGGCCUGGAUGCAGAAGUCGCACAAGACGCGUCACCAGGACGAGGGGAUCCUGCACUCGGGCCGACGGGGCGCGGCGAGAGGUCCUGCCAGAUAAGCUGUAGGGAUUGGGCUACCCUCCCGAGAGAGCCACAUGGAGGAGACCCAAGGGCCGAACCCAGUUGGGGUCCACCUGUGUACCCUUAUUUCAGGACACCCGAGCACCCUCGGCAGGAGCUGGGGAAGGCUCUCUGAGCUCCAAUAGUCAAAUGAGCUCUGGUUCUAAAUGGGGCCACGCUGGAGUGCAGUCAAUGGCGUGUGGGCAUGAGGGUUGGUUAAGCUGCCUGGGACCCCUUGUGGGGGGGGGCGGAGUUGAGGGAACAAAGAAAAUGCCCUACGCAGGGCCCUCCCCCCCCCCACCUCUG